CCGAAAGGACGUCCCACCCCCGAAUAUACCCGAUCAUCCCCGAACGUCGCGAGUGAAUCUCGAACGGUGUUUACGUUCCAAUUUCGUGAUUUGUGACUCUUUUUUGGUGCCCAGGAAUUUUGCACUGCAGUUCACAGCCGAUGAGAAUUGCAAUGUAAUGGCCGAGAUAAAGCUGGGAACACACAUAGCGCAGGCGGGCGGCGUCAUGUAACUCUGUAAUAUGAAUCUAAGUAACUUCGUCGUGUACAUCACUAGCCUGCUGUGGCUGAACCUCACUGAUGCUAAGAUUGGAUAUUUCUGGCACAUCACAGAUCUUCAUUAUGACCCGUUUCACAACUCCCCGGAGCUCCAUAGAGGCUGUCGACACAACAGAGGGAACAGCGAGCACAGUCACCGCAACGGCAGACAUCGAGACCACACGUGCGAUAGCUCGUGGCCUCUGAUACAGAGUGCCGCCGCCCUCAUGGCGGAGAGGCACCCUGAUACCUUGGAGUUCGUGCUUUGGACUGGGGACAUCCUCUCGUCUUCAAUGGAGCACCUCAGCGAGGAUAUAAAGCUGGAAGCCGUGAGGAACGUCACAGACAUUCUGAGCAGGACAUUCAGCAGUCAGUUUGUAUUCCCAGCACUGGGACACAACGAUCCUGUACCUUCUAAGAGACUGGUCGACAUGUGGAUGCAGUGGUUGCCCACGGAGGCACUACAGACUUUUGAAACUAGUGGAUAUUACACAAUAGAGCAGUCCCACAGUAGGUUGAGGAUCGUGGUACUGAACAGCGUGUUAUGGUCUGGUGGAGCCGCCAGGACUGACGGUCCCCACAGGAGCAGACAGCAAUGGGAGUGGUUGGAACAGGUCCUCAGUAAAGCUAGGAGAAGAAAUGAAAUGGUCUACCUAGUAGCUCAUGCUGGACCAGGAGUGGAAGAACGGCAUAAUGCCGGCAGUUCUUCGGCAGCUGGUGGUGGGGAACUGACUCCUACUGCCAACGCGAGGCUGGUGCAUGUCAUCAGAGCGUUCAGCGAUGUGAUCGCUGGGCAGUUCUAUGGUCACCGACACGCUGAUACUUUCAGACUUAUUUAUAGUGAAGGGCGACCAGUGUCUUGGGCGUUGUUGGCUCCAUCAGUCACUCCCAGAGGCGCUGGCAGCACUUCAAAUCCGGGACUAAGACUUUAUAAAUUCGACUCUAAUACCGGAAAGGUUUUGGAUUACACACAGUAUUACUUAGAUGUAAAUAACAUUAGAGGGGAGGCCCACUGGGCGAUAGAGUACAACCUAACUCAAUACUAUGGACUGAGAGAAGUGAGCCCGGCUUCACUCGACGCUUUGGCGGAGAGGAUACGCAAUCAUCAUGACAGGAGUGUGUUUGCUAAGUACUUAACAGCACUCCGCGUCCGUCAUGCAGCAGACGUAGCAGAGUGCGACUCAGCGUGCGUACACGUCCACUUCUGUGCGAUAACCCGCGCCGACUACCACGAGUUUCGCGCCUGCGUCCGCAACCCGGCGUCGGCGCUAGCGUCGCGCGCCGCGCACAACUCCGCCGCCAUCUUACUAUACGCCAUCUUGAUUUUACUAAAGUCGUAAUAUUGUGACGCGUACAAGCUUCUGUGUUUCCCAAAUGGCCUUUUGUCUGCAGUAGUGUCAAUGUUUAAUUUUAAAUUCCUUAAACCUACAGUAACAGAUAUAAAUUGUAAAUAAUGUUUAAUCAUUGUCUCUUAUUAAUUUAUCUCACAAACAUUAGUUCGAGUAAAAAUAUUUAUGACAAACUUCUCAUUAAUCAUAACAGUCAUUUUCCUUAAUCAUUUUACUUUGAAAGUGACAAGAUUAAUUGGAAAACUUAGGUGGAGGUUAUCAUUAUUUGUUUCACCUGAAAUCAUUGUUUUCUGAUCAUUGUAAAAUACAUUAAUGAACGCUUUAAUUUUAAAGUAAAAUGGAUUAUAAAUCAUAAUUAUUGAGUGUAAUUAGAAAUUGUUUAUUGUGAUCUUCGUCGCUAAUUUGAUUGUGAUAAUUAACAUUUUUGUAUAUAAUGAUAAGUGAACUGAAUCAGUGUAAGUAAA